CAGCAAGACAAUCCCUUAGUGCCCUGCCUUUCAGUCUCCUAAAUAAAACCCCUGCCCUGCGUACCUCCAGGACUGUUUGGUGUACCACCCUGUAAAUCAUUCAAAGGUAAGUGGCUGCUGUUUGUGUUACUAAGAUUACACCAAGUGUGAGAUAACCAUAGCCUGGAUUUGGAAGCUAGUGAACUCCAGAUCCAGUCUCGGUGAGCAGUGUGACUUAGUACUUGUUACUUAACCUUUCUUUAGAAAGGUUUAGGUUGACCUGGUUCCUUCAUCUGGCUUGCAGGUAAGAAAUGCGAAGCACUUGGCACAUAGAGCCCAAUGAAUUAGCGAUUACUCGAAGAGAUGAUGCACGUUAAGUUAGUCUGAAAAGUAUAAAAUACUCCACAAAUGGAAGUAGUUGUCUCUCGGUGGGUUCUAGGAUGGGAAGGUCUCAAGCCCGUUCUGCAACACCAGGAACAGCGCCCAGGUCGUAGAAGGCAGGGGGAGGAAAGUCACUGCAGAGAAAAGUCCUCCCCUGGUCCUCGAAUCCCCCACGUUGCGCUCUCCUGGAGCGCCGAGCGGUGCUCGAAGUCCUUCAGUUCGAUGACAGAUGCCAAAAAGAGAGGGGAACGGGCAGGCUUGGCCACUCGCACCUCCGCAGGAGGGACUAAGCUUCCGCUGCCAGGAUCAGUUCCGCGAGGCGGAGAGACGACGUGCACUGGCGAUAACCGUCUUAACCCCGUCGGGGCUGACGAGUGCGCAUCCUGUCGCUGCUGAUAGGGGCACUCGUCCUGCCACGCGCCAAGCACGGUCCCCUUUGCGCAUGCGUAGUUCCUUCCGGCCAGCGUCCCCACCCCCACAGGAGUUACGUACGGGCGGGGUGUUCCCUGCACUUUCCGAGGCGGCGAGCGGCGGCCCGGACCAACCGGAAGUCCAGCGCGACAACCGCUAGAGGAGAGGUAGGGUAGGAGGAGAAGCUUUGGAGCCGGAAGUGUGACCUACCAGCCUUUCUACCCGGGCGGGGAAGCCGGAAGGAGACGGCGCCGGCAGGCGGGGCGUGGCCUCGGCGGCGGCGGGCGCUAGGAUUGGCCCGCGGCUGCGGCCACGGCGAGGAUUGGCCCUGGCGUGCGGAGCGAGAGGUCGCCCUUGUUGGAAGUGAAGGGGAACAUAGAGGUGAAGAGACCCCUGCCCAAGCCCCCUUCCCGGCUGCCCUUGUCAGGAAGCAGACUUAAGAGGGGGCCUGAGCAGAUGGAGGAGGCCUUGGAACCUGAGAAGAAAAGGACUCGAGGCCUGGGCACCAAAAUCGCCCCGUCCCGCCCCAGAGCAGCGUUGCUCACCGCAGUGCCUCAGACGCAGGGCCAGGCUGCAGCGCGCACGGCUCCCAAGAAGACAGGACCCCGCUGUCCCACAGCUGUUGCCACAGUGCUGAAGAAUCAGAAGCCAGGCCCUGCUGUUCCUGCCCAGAAGCCUGGCACAGCUGCCCCUCCCAUGGUGGGAGGGAAGAAGCCCAGCAAACGUCCGGCCUGGGACUUAAAGGGUCAGUUAUGUGACCGAAUGGCAGAGCUGAAAUGCUGCCGUGAGAGGAAUCAGAUUUUGGAUCAGGAGAACCAACAGCUGCGGGACCAGCUUAGGGAGGCCCAGCAGCAGGCCUCGGCCCUGGGCAUAGAGCGCCGGACACUGGAAGAGGAGUUGGCCCGGGUUCGGGUCCAGGCUGAGCAGGGCCAGCAGGAGCUGGGGAGGCUGAGUGCCCGGGUUCUGGAGCUGGAGGAGCGGCUGGGCACGCAGGAGGGCUUGGUGCAAGUGCUUCAGAGAGAGCAGCUGGGGCUGCAGGAGGAGCGGAGAGGGCUGGCCACCCGGCUGGAGGAGCAGGAGCGGAGGCUGCAGGCAUCAGAGGCAGCGCUGUCGGACAGCCAGGCGGAGGUGGUAUCUCUUCGCCAGGAGGCUGCGGCCCAGGCGGUCUUGCUGGCUGAGCGGGAAGACCGCCUGCACGGGCUGGAGAUGGAGCGCCGGCGGCUCCACAACCAGCUGCAGGAGCUCAAAGGCAACAUCCGUGUGUUCUGCCGUGUCCGCCCAGUCCUCCCUGGGGAGCCCACCCCGAACCCCGGCUUCCUCCUGUUCCCUGGCGGGCCCGCUGACCCUCCAACACGCCUCAGCCUCUCCCGGUCUGACGAACGGCGUGGGACCCUGAGUGGGGCACCGGCCCCCCCCACGCGACAUGACUUCUCCUUUGACCGGGUCUUCCCGCCAGGGAGCAGGCAGGACGAAGUGUUUGAGGAGAUUGCCAUGCUUGUGCAGUCCGCCCUGGAUGGUUACCCAGUGUGCAUCUUUGCCUAUGGCCAGACCGGCAGUGGCAAGACCUUCACCAUGGAGGGUGGGCCUGCGGGAGACCCCCAGGUGGAGGGGCUGAUCCCCCGGGCCCUGCGGCACCUCUUCUCUGUGGCACAGGAGCUCAGUGGCCAGGGCUGGACCUACAGCUUUGUGGCCAGUUACGUCGAGAUCUACAACGAGACUGUCCGAGACCUGCUGGCCACUGGGACCCGGAAGGGCCAGGCGGGUGAGUGCGAGAUUCGCCGGGCAGGGCCAGGGAGUGAGGAGCUUACUGUCACCAACGCCCGCUAUGUUCCUGUCUCCUGUGAGAAAGAGGUACAGGCCCUGCUCCAUCUGGCCCGCCAGAACCGGGCUGUGGCCCGCACGGCCCAGAACGAACGGUCAUCACGCAGUCAUAGCGUGUUCCAGCUGCAGAUCUCUGGGGAACACGCGGCCCGAGGCCUGCAGUGCACCGCCCCGCUCAGUCUUGUGGACCUGGCCGGGAGCGAGCGGCUGGAUUCCGGCCUUGCCCUCGGCCCUGGGGAGCGGGAACGCCUUCGGGAAACACAGUCCAUUAACAGCAGCUUGUCCACACUGGGGCUGGUCAUUAUGGCCUUGAGCAACAAGGAGCCCCAUGUGCCUUACCGGAACAGCAAGCUCACCUACCUGCUGCAGAACUCUCUGGGUGGCAGCGCUAAGAUGCUCAUGUUCGUGAACAUCUCCCCCCUGGAAGAGAAUGUCUCUGAGUCUCUCAACUCCUUGCGCUUUGCUUCCAAGGUGAACCAAUGUGUCAUUGGUACUGCCCAAGCCAACAAGAAAUGAAGACGGAUCUAGAGUGUGUGUGUGUGUGUGUGUGUGUGUGUGUGUGUGUGUGUGUGUGUGAGACACAGGGGCAAGGGAGGUGGGUGCGGGUGCUUUCUUGGUGGGGGGUGCUGUGAUAUCUGGGCUUAUCAAAUAAAGAAGAGGUUUUUUUCGCUGUUUUUAAAUAAAGGUUUUAUUAGCGGUUGCCCAAUCA